ACACAACACAGAUUUUUGUUUUUGUGCCUUUUUUUUAAUUUAUUGUUUCCUGAUGUUUCUUUGUACUAAGGAAUUUCAAGUGGGUUUGUUUUUAGAAUGCUGUGACAGGAUCUCGGUCACUGUGCUUUUCUUUUUACUUUCCUCGUUCCACUGCCUUGGAUUCCGGUUGUAGUGUUUAUGUGAAGGAAAAAGUCGGUUGCUUUAUUGGAAUCUGUUCACAUCUGGUGGCUACUGUUUCUGGGUCUCGCUUGCUUUUUAAGUUUGGGGUUCUGGCUUUUGGAGCAGCUCACCGGAAAGCCUGAGUUUUUUUGGAGAGUAGGCGUCUGGUUUUUGCUUCGUGGGUUUUGGUUUUCAAGUAGUUAUGUAAAAUGCUCACUUCUGCCAACUGCUAAGGGGUUCUUUGUUUUGUGGGGUUUGAGAUUUCUAGGCUCCCGGCUAGGUUUUGUUAGUUCAUGUGAAAAGUCUUUACUCUGAGAAUAUGACUUCCGGAGUUGCGAAUCCUGCUUUUGUUUCAGCUUAGGCUGGGGAUUCAGUUUGUUUAGUUCUCUGUUUGCUCAUUGGAUAUGAGCGUGUGAGCUGUUCGCAAUUCGGCUUAGGUUCUGGAUCUGAUGUGCUCGGUUUCACUUCUGGGUGACAUCAUGGAUUCCCCGCAAUCUGUUGUGUCUCCAUUUAAGAACUCCCUCGUAGCCGAGACUGAGAAGGAUACAUCCGACUUCUUCCGACGGAGCUCUGGCUCCUUGUCAAAGGGAAUUGAGGUCAACAGCAAGGAAGCUGCGGUGUGUAACAUGGAGGACUUCAUUGGUAUUCUUGAGGUUUACGUACACCAGGCUAGGGACAUCCACAACAUCUGUAUUUACCACAAGCAAGAUGUUUAUGCGAAGCUUUGCCUGACUAGUGAUCCUGAAAACACAGUCUCCACCAAGAUCAUUAAUGGUGGUGGGAGGAAUCCGGUCUUCAACGAUAAUGUUCAUCUCAACGUUCGGACAAUAGAUUCCUCGCUCAAAUGUGAGAUAUGGAUGUUGAGCAGGGUGAGGAAUUAUCUUGAGGAUCAGUUGCUGGGGUUUGCUUUGGUGCCAUUAUCUGAAGUCUUUAUGAAGAACUGGAAAUUGGAAAAAGAGUUCUCUCUAUCUUCAACUGAUCUGUUCCAUUCCCCAGCAGGGUUUGUUCAAUUGUCUCUUUCCUAUAACGGGGCUUCGCCCGAAGUAAUGGCUAUUCCUGCAAUGCCAACUGCUUUGGCCACUAAUGCAACUGUUCAGGAUACAGAAAUAUCCGAGGCUGUACCAAGUGAUUUAGAUAAGAUUGAGUUCCCUGAUCCUAAGAUUGUGAACGAAGAUCAGUUGAUGGUUUCCGAGUAUAUUGGGUUGCCAUGUAACAGUGUGGAUUCUCAUAGCUCUGAGAGUUUGACUGCUUCUGAUGCUGAAAAUCAUCUUAGUUCGGAAGAGGGUGUUCAUGUUGUAGAAAGCUUCCCAACUGGUACAGCUGAUUCCAUCCAACGUCCGAAGGUCGACUCUCCUCUGAGCAGUGUGUCAACUAAUGGAGUUUCUUCUCCUUCAAACCCUGCAUGCUUGGAGUCUUCUGAUAUUCCGGAAGCAUCAAAAUCCUCGAAUCUUGAAGGUGUUUCGGCCCCGAAAGAGAAUACUGGGGAUGUUAAAGAUGGUGAGAGUGAUUCCUCUGGUGAGGUGCCAAGCGAUGCACUGACAAAGCCUGCUGUCACGGUUAACAUUGAGGCAGAACAGAAGGUGGUGCAGCAGGAGAUAGUGGACAUGUACAUGAAAAGCAUGCAGCAGUUUACUGAAUCAUUGGCAAAGAUGAAGCUGCCUCUGGAUGUUGACAAUGGACCAACCAACUCAGGGAGUUCAAGCUCUGAUCAGAAAUUACAGGCAUCAAAGAAUACUGGUUCCCGUGUGUUUUAUGGGAGUAGGGCUUUCUUCUGAGCUUCUGUUAACUUGGUACAGGGGAAGACAUGUCAAGACAAGUGACUUUAGAUUUAGAAUGAGGAGUGUCACUAAUGUUGGAAGCGUAAUAAUGUGAUCUAGUGUGAUGUUUUCCCUGUAUGUUGGGAUGGUUUGAGAUGACAGGAAAUCGUGACACUUUUGUACCAGCUACAAGCUUUGUUAUAUCGCAAUUGCUGCUAUUUUAUAUAUCUAAGUAAUUCGGACGUAUUUUUCUUC